AUGAACAUGGGGGAUUUAUCUGAAACCGAAUGGGUGAUGGUGGCAGGAAUUCCGUAUCACCUGCAAAGUAUUGAACUAAUCAAAAGAAUCGGGGAAUUUUGUGGGGAGUUGGUGGAAGUGGAUUGGCAACACUGGUCGUCGGAGUUCGUCAAAAUUCUGAUUAAGAGGGUUGGGCCGGUGCCGGACUCUAUCCCGAUCCUGUUCACCGAAGAAGAAUUCAAUGUGAUCAUCGUGCAGUCCCCUGGAAGCUCAUCAGUCUCUUCAUUGUCCCCUAGAGGGUUUGCGGGAAUCCAGAUGCCACAUCCCACCUCGGCUACUGGUUCAGUGCAUGGGAAGAAUCACACGCGUGGUUGCAUGGAGACUCCCACGGGGAGUGAUGAUUCGUCGUCUGUCAAUUCGAAUCCGAACUCAAGGCCCACUUAA